CUCUCUCACUCUCUCUCUCUCUGUCUCUCUCUCUCAAAAAGGGCGAAAUUUCGCCGCCUCUCAGCCAUAGCCACUUCCUCUGCUUCUCCCCAUAACCCUCUCCUAAAACCUCAGCCUCCCUCUCUCUAAAGCUCUCUCUACAUUUCCAUAGUUUUAUAUAUCUAUUUGCGAUUUUGUCGAACAGUAUAGCUGCGUUUGGACAGCGUUAUAUCUCAUUGUGUGCUCAAAUUAGGAGGGAAAUAUGGCGGGGAAGUCAAACAAGGGGAGGAACCGGAGAGGGGCACAUACUACUGUGCAUUCUUCUGAGUCAGUGGUCUCAUCUGAUGCUCCUGUGAAAGAUAAUUCAAGUGCGUCAGAGUCCCCCAAAGCUGAUUCAAAUGGUGUUUCAACUUUAGAUGAAUCAACUAAUGUCACACCGGAGGUAAAGGAGUCUGAAACAGCAAAUUCAGCUAGCCAACAGAAGCAAGGUGACCUUCAUCUUUAUCCUGUCUCUGUCAAAACACAAAGUGGCGAGAAACUUGAGCUCCAACUGAAUCCAGGAGAUUCUGUAAUGGACAUAAGACAAUUUCUUCUUGAUGCUCCAGAGACGUGUUAUUUCACAUGCUAUGAUCUAUUGCUGCACACAAAGGAUGGUUCCACUCAACAUCUGGAAGAUUAUAAUGAAAUUUCUGAAGUGGCUGACAUUACUACUGGUGGUUGCUCCUUGGAGAUGGUUCCAGCAUUGUAUGAUGAUAGAUCUAUAAGGGCUCAUGUUCACCGUACGAGGGAAUUGCUCUCCCUUUCCACGCUUCAUUCCUCGUUAUCAACAUCACUUGCAUUGCAGUACGAGACAGCACAAAACAAAGCUUCCAGUCCAGGAGAUACUGCGAAAACCGAGGUCCCAGAGCUUGAUGGUCUGGGUUUUAUGGAGGAUGUUGCUGGUUCACUGAGUAAUUUGUUAUUGUCAUCUUCAAAAGAGAUCAAAUGUGUGGAAAGCAUUGUGUUUUCCUCCUUCAAUCCUGCCCCAAGCUAUAGAAGGCUUGUUGGGGAUUUGAUUUAUUUGGAUGUAGUAACAUUGGAGGGUAAUAAAUUUUGUAUUACCGGAACUACAAAAACGUUCUAUGUCAACUCAAGCACUGGUAAUACUCUUGACCCAAGGCCGAGUAAGACAAAUUUUGAAGCAACCACCCUUGCUGGGCUCCUGCAAAAAAUAAGCCCCAAGUUUAAAAAAGCAUUUCGUGAAAUUUUGGAGUGGAGGGCCUCUGCACACCCUUUUGAAAAUGUUCAAUCUUUGUUGCCACCAAAUUCAUGGCUGGGAGUAUAUCCAGUUCCUGAUCACAAACGUGAUGCAGCCAGAGCAGAAGAUGCACUGACUCUUUCUUACGGUAGUGAGCUGAUUGGCAUGCAAAGAGAUUGGAAUGAGGAGUUGCAAUCCUGUCGAGAAUUCCCUCAUUCAACUCCUCAGGAAAGGAUUCUGCGGGAUAGGGCUCUCUACAAAGUAACAUCGGACUUUGUCGAUGCUGCAAUCAGUGGUGCUAUUGGAGUGAUCAGUAGAUGUAUACCCCCAAUAAAUCCAACAGAUCCAGAGUGCUUUCACAUGUAUGUUCACAACAAUAUAUUCUUUAGCUUUGCUAUGGAUGCGGACCUUGAGCAGCUGUCCAAGAAACGUGCAUCCAAUGCUAAUUUAAAGGUUGAGAGUUCAAGCUCUUUAAACAGUUCAUCUGAUAAGGCCUCCAGUUGUUUGUUACAUGGAGAGAGUGGAACUCCCAAUGGGGAAAAAUGUGAAGGAUCAACUACAGGAGAACAUGAUAGUGGCGUGGAAGUGGCUUCUGAUGUGUCAGCUGAAACACCGUUGACAGAGAGUGAGCAGGCUACAUAUGCUUCUGCAAAUAAUGAUUUGAAAGGCACCAAGGCGUACCAGGAAGCUGAUGUCUCUGGACUUUAUAAUCUUGCUAUGGCCAUAAUUGAUUACAGAGGUCAUAGAGUAGUAGCUCAGAGUGUUUUACCCGGCAUUCUUCAAGGGGACAAAUCAGAAUCUCUUCUGUAUGGUUCUGUUGACAACGGCAAGAAGAUAUGUUGGAAUGAAGAUUUUCAUUCCAAGGUGCUUGAGGCUGCUAAACACCUUCAUUUGAAGGAACACACUGUCCUUGAUGGAUCUGGAAAUGCUUUCAAAUUAGCUGCCCCUGUGGAAUGCAAGGGUAUUGUUGGUAGUGACGACAGGCAUUAUCUUCUUGACUUGAUGAGAGUAACACCUCGAGAUGCAAACUUUACUGGACCUGGAUCCAGAUUCUGUAUCUUGAGACCAGAACUAAUUACUGCGUUUUGCCAGGCCCAAGCUGCAGAGAGAUCAAAAUAUAAGUCUGAAGGAGAUGCUCAAGUGACCACUAACUCUUCAGAGGCUUCUGAUGUUGCCAAACAGGAUAUAACAAAAGAUGGGAAGCAUGAGAAUGUCAAGGACUGUGCUUCUUUAUCAGCGCAAACUGAAUCAUAUGAUGAAAUUCUUUUUAACCCUAAUGCCUUCACGGAGUUUAAGUUGGCUGGGAGUCAGGAGGAGAUAGCAGCAGAUGAAGAAAAUGUGAGGAAAGCAACUUCAUAUCUUACAGAUGUUGUCCUACCAAAGUUUGUACAAGAUCUUUGCACGCUUGAAGUUUCUCCUAUGGAUGGGCAAACAUUAACUGAAGCACUUCAUGCCCACGGAAUCAAUGUUCGCUACAUUGGAAAAGUGGCUGAUGGGACGAAACAUUUGCCUCAUCUUUGGGAUCUUUGUUCUAAUGAGAUUGUUGUCAGGUCUGCAAAGCAUAUCCUCAAGGAUGUUUUGAGAAAUACAGAGGACCAUGAUUUUGGGCCGGCUGUAUCACAUUUCUUCAACUGUUUUUUUGGAAGUUAUCAAGCUGCUGGUGCAAAAGUUGCUGCUAAUACUAUUCAGUCAAGAACCCACAGAAAAGACCAAGGAGGUCAUCAAUCUCCAGGAAAGCCUUCUAGGGGGCAAGGAAGGUGGAAGGGUGGAGCAUCUGCAAGAAAGAAUCAAUCCUCAUAUAUGAAUGUUAGCUCAGAAACUGUGUGGUCAGACUUACAAGAAUUUGCAAAACUGAAAUAUCAGUUUGAGUUGCCGGAGGAUGCAAGGUCACGUGUAAAGAAAAUUUCUGUUAUCCGUAAUCUUUGCCAAAAGGUAGGCAUAAAUGUUGCAGCACGCAAAUAUGAUCUUAAUUCUUCAGCACCUUUCCAAACAUCAGAUAUCUUGAAUCUCCAACCUGUAGUGAAAAAUUCAGUUCCCAUAUGUUCAGAAGCUAAGGAUCUCAUAGAAACGGGUAAAAUCCAAUUGGCUGAGGGAAUGCUUAGUGAAGCAUACACGCUAUUUUCUGAGGCAUUUGCUAUACUUCAGCAGGUUACUGGUCCAAUGCAUCGGGAGGUUGCUAAUUGCUGUCGGUAUCUCGCCAUGGUUUUAUAUCAUGCUGGAGACAUGGCUGGUGCGAUAAUGCAACAGCACAAGGAGCUGAUAAUAAAUGAACGUUGCCUGGGUUUGGAUCACCCUGACACUGCUCACAGUUAUGGCAAUAUGGCUCUUUUCUACCAUGGGCUUAACCAAACAGAACUUGCACUACGGCACAUGUCCCGGGCAUUGCUCUUGCUAAGUUUGUCAUCUGGCCCAGAUCACCCUGAUGUUGCUGCAACCUUUAUAAAUGUUGCAAUGAUGUACCAAGACAUUGGAAAGAUGAACACAGCUCUUCGUUAUCUGCAAGAAGCUUUGAAAAAGAAUGAAAGGCUUCUAGGCGAGGAACACAUCCAAACUGCUGUAUGCUAUCAUGCUCUUGCCAUUGCAUUCAAUUGUAUGGGUGCCUUCAAGCUUUCUCACCAGCAUGAGAAGAAAACUUAUGAUAUACUUGUCAAACAACUUGGCGAGGAGGAUUCAAGGACACGCGACUCUCAGAACUGGAUGAAGACAUUUAAGAUGCGUGAGCUACAGAUGAAUGCACAAAAGCAAAAAGGCCAAGCUUUGGAUGCAGCUUCUACUCAAAAAGCAAUUGAUAUUUUGAAGGCCCAUCCUGACUUAAUACAUGCAUUCCAAGCUGCCGCUACAAGCGGAGGGUCUGGGAGUUCAGGCGCUCCUGUCAACAAAUCCCUUAAUGCUGCAAUAAUUGGCGAGACUCUUCCCCGAGGGAGGGGAGUUGAUGAAAGAGCUGCUCGUGCAGCUGCUGAAGUCAGAAAGAAAGCCGUAGCAAGGGGCCUCUUGAUACGUCCACACGGUGUUCCAGUACAAGCUUUUCCGCCACUUACACAGCUCCUUAACAUUAUCAAUUCAGGUAUGACCCCAGAUGCGGUGGAUGCUGGGGAAACCAAUGGAGCGAACAGUGAAGCUAAUGGCCAUCCUUCAAAUGGCCCAGUAGAUUCCAAAAACGAGCAAUUGACAUCAGGGAAAGAAGAUCAGACUCCAGUUGGAUUGCGUAUAGGCUUAGCGUCACAGGAUGCCAAGAAACAGAAAGCAAAAGCCAAAGUUGCUGCUUGAUAUGUUGCACAGCUGAGGUUAUGUUGAGUCAAGAAAUCCCCGGAUUUGUUUGUGAGACUGGGAAUAAUUUCUAUUAUUGCAUGAGAGCUUUUUCCAGUCUCUUUUGAGUGAUGAUCUACCUCGUUUAUCCUCGGCUCUGAGAAGCUAUAAAGGAUUUUCAGAUUUGCCGAUUGGCCCAGAGGUAUUCCUUUUUGUUUUAACCAAUAAUCAGGCUCAUAGAGAGCAUGGCGGCAAUGCUCAUGCAAUAGAUUAAUCUAUUUUUCCA